ACCACCGCCUCCAGGGAUGGACGGUCAGACUCUGCGAAAGGCUGAGAGAAGCCGGUCCUGCUCACGGGAGAAAAAGGAGCCUGUGCACCUGGCUUCUCCCUUCGGCCUGUGUCUCUUCCUACACCUCCUCACAAGCUCGAAGCCAUCCCUUCAUGACAGACACACUGGUGGAGACCUUACAAAAGCACCGUUUAUAUCCAUGCAGGCCAACUUUGUUAGCAGUCUUCGCCUGCCACCCGCAAUGUCGAGUUCGCGGUCGGUGCACAGCCGAGGUUGUGACUGUCAGCGGCCCGGUGCCUGUUCUGAGGGCCGGUCGGGGGCCCUUCUCCGGAGGCAGACCGGAUCCCACACCCAGCCUCUCUCCCCGAAACAGGCUUACACUAAGGACAUGGUGACAGACUUUGAUGAGAAACAUGAUGAGUAUUUAAUACUGCUUCAGCAGAGGAACCGAAUACUGAAGCACCUGCAGACCAAGGACCCCGUGCAGCUGAGGCUGGAGCACCUGGAGCAGGGCUUCUCCGUCUACGUCAACGGGGCCAAUUCCGAAGUGAAGACAUCGCUGCGGAAAGCUGUCCACUCUGACUUCUCCAGAAGCGCCUCGCAGGCCGAGGGGACACAGGAUGGUGGCCGAAGAACCCUGUUUCGAGAAGCUGAAGAAGCUUUAAGACGCAAUUCACGCACAGCCCCCAGCAAAGUCCAGCGCCGAGGAUGGCACCAGAAAUCUGUGCAGAUCAGAACAGAAGCUGGCUCACGGCUGCACAUCGAACCUCCCCUGGACUACUCUGAAGACGCUGAGCCGUGGGAGAGCGUGACUGGCAACACAAAGGACGCUUCUGGGGGCCAUCCGCAGGACUCCAGACCGCCCAGCAGCAGCACACCCUGCGAUUUCCGCUUCUCCCUUCAGAGGGCACAUGGACACCCUGCCCCUCCCAGCGGCAUGGACAAAGCGAGGAUUCUCUUAACUAUUCAGGAUGUAAUGGAGCUAAGAAAAAGCCUGGAACUUAGUGUAAAUCUACAAAAAAAACAGAAGGAUGGUUCCAGUGACGAGUGUGACUCCAUUGAAGAAGAUGUACUCUCUGAGCCCGAGCCUGAGGACCAGGCGCUGGUGGGCCACCCCAGACCUGAGCCCCCUCUUUCCCAUGGGGACUCAGUGCAGAAGGAUGUUUCUGAGGACCAGGAGCCACAAGGACACCCUCCACAGGGCCCAGACACCCUUGUGGUGCUGGAGUUUAACCCGGCUUCCAAAAGUAAUAAAAAGGAAAGAAAUUUGUCUGCUAAGCGAAAGGACAAUGCUGAGGUCUUUCUUCCCAGCAAACUGGAGCCAAACCUGACUCCCCAGCCGCCCGCUGCGCUCCCAGACCAGGACAGGCCAUGUUCAAGACCCGGAAGCCAGUGGGAGAGGCCCCUAUCAGCAACCCGGAAACCUGUGCUCCAGGCAGAGGACCGGCAGGAAGAGGCAUCGGCCGUGCUCAGAGCCAUCCAGGUGGAGAACGAAGCCCUGCAGAGGGUGAUCCUGAGCAGGAAGGCUGAGCCACCUGCCAGCACGCUGCAGGUGCAGGACAUGGAAGGACCUCCAGCAAAGUCGUGGACCAGCCUGCUGACAGAAGAAAGGGAGAGCCCUGAGGAGCCUCCCAUUGCCGUGGUGACCAGUACACAGGAGCCAUCCAGGGCAGCAGGGGGAGCCAGAGCUGUCAGUGAAGCCAUUGACAGGAUCGGCCUCUUGGGGAGCAGACAACAGCAGAAGCUUCUGAAAGUCCUCCAGGCCAUCGAAAGUGACUCUGCCCAUGUCAGCCGGGUUGCUUCACCAACCGAGGGGCAUGUGCUGGACCCAGAGGACAAGUCGAGAAUGGAAGCAGAAGAGAUGAAAGACGCCAUCUAUGUGACCAUGGAAAUCCUGUCCACUUGGGGCAGCAGGUCCUGGGUGGGUCUCACCGCAGUCGAGUUCUUUGACCUGGACAACACAAAGCUUUACGUGUCGCCUCACGAUGUGGAUGUUCGUAACACGGACACGCCGGGGGACCUGGGCCUCCUGGUCAACAGGAACAUAGCGAGCAAGAAAGACUCCUCCUUGUGGACGUGCCCCUUCAACCCACCGCUCCAGCUCUUUUUUGUCAUCCGCAACACGAGACUGCUGCAUGCCUUUGGUCUGGCCAAGAUCAAGGUUUGGAAUUACUGGACGGCUGAUGGCGACCUUGACAUUGGUGCCAAGAACGUGAAGCUUUAUGUCAACAGAAACCUCAUCUUUGAUGGCCAGUUGGACAGAGGAGGUGGGGAGGCCCCGGCCGACCAGAGCAUACUGGUCAGCCCGGAGAACGAGAGGACUGAGAGAAUGGAGAGCCACCCGAGCGCCCGGUCGGAAGAAAGCACAGGUGCCCGCAGGAGGGCUGGCACGGGCGGGGACCAGGAGCCCGGUGCCGUGCACUUGGAGCCCGCUGGCGCAGCCGUGGGUGCGGGAGUUGCGCCCCCAGGAAAUGCACCUGGUGAGAGGGUGAAUUCCCCUGAUCACAGGGAAGACAGCGUGUCCGCGUUAGAGGACGACUCCGGCGUGUCAGCGGCCCCGGCCUUGAUCGGGGGUGUGCCCAGUGCACCCCACAGCCAGCCCCUGGACUGCCCUCCUCUCGGCCAGGGGCUCUCACUGAUUCAGCAGCUGGAAAACCUCACAGGCAGAAAAGUCUCUGAACCUCCAGGGAAGACCCCGUCCUGGCUACAGCCCUCUCCCACGGGGAAAGCCAGGAAGCCAAAACCCCUCUGGCUGAGUCCUGAGAAGCCCCUGGACUGGAAAGACAGGCUUCUGCCCGAGGAGCUCCUCAGUGGGGGGUCUGGAGAGGCCGGGGACAAAGGCCUCAGGCGUGAGCACGGGAGGGCCAGCGGCCGGAAUGUCAUCUCGGGAGAGAGAGCCCAGAGGGUGGCCCCCAAAGUCUGCAGCGAUGACUUUGACAUCUUUGACCAGCUCUCCAACAGGGGGCGUCCUGCGAGUGGGAGGAGGGGCCUGAAGAAGGACGCCCUGGGCAGUGGGCGCGGCGAUGACAGAGACGCCUGGCCCAUGGGGACACCGCCGAGGUCCCUGUGGCGCAGCGAGCAGGAACACACGCUACACGAGUCCUGGAACUCCCUCAGUGCCUUCGACCGCUCCCACCGGGGACGCAUCUCUAGCUCAGAGUUCCAGGGGGACAUCCUGGAUGAGUUCCUGCAGCAGCAGAAGAGCAGCCGGCAGGGCAGCCAGCUACCACCCCGCGAGGAGGAGGAGGAGCCGGGGCCCGGGCCCGGGCAGGACGACUGCCCCCUAGACACAGACCAGGAGAGCGACUUCAAAAUCCCCGUCCUGCCUUACGGCCAGCACUUGGUCAUUGACAUCAAGUCUACGUGGGGGGACAGGCACUACGUCGGCCUGAACGGGAUAGAAAUAUUCAGUUCCAAGGGAGAGCCCGUGCAGAUUGCGAGCAUCCAAGCAGACCCCCCUGACAUCAAUAUUUUACCAGCUUAUGGGAAGGACCCCCGUGUGGUCACCAACCUCACCGACGGGGUGAACAGGACCCAGGACGACAUGCACGUCUGGCUGGCCCCCUUCACGCCCGGCAAGUCCCACUUCAUCACCGUCGACUUCACGCAGCCUUGCCACAUCGCCCUGAUCAGGGUUUGGAAUUACAACAAGUCACGGAUCCAUUCCUUCCGCGGCGUGAAGGACAUCGAGAUCCUCUUGGACACACAGUGCAUCUUCAAAGGAGAAAUUGCCAAGGCCUCUGGAACCCUGUCGGGAGCCCCAGAGCACUUCGGAGACACCAUACUGUUCACAACGGACGAUGACAUCCUCGAGGCCGUGUCCUGUUCGGAUGAGACGUUUGACGUGGAUGUGGAGAGCCUCUGCAGCCUGCAGUGUGAGGAGGCUCUGAGGAGGCCCAGCACCGCCGAUGGUGAUGGCGGGGAGAGGCCGUACACCCAGGCCGGCCUGUGGGCUGAGAGCCAGGUCCCGGAACUAGAGAUGCCGCCCAGUACCCCUGUCCCAGAAGCCACCACUCCAGAACCGGGCGUCUACCAUGGGAUCUGCCUUCAGCUGAACUUCACUGCCUCCUGGGGGGACCUGCACUACCUGGGACUCACAGGCCUGGAAGUGGUGGGCAAGGACGGCCAGGCACUGCCCGUCAGCCUGCACCAGAUCUCCUCUUGCCCCAGAGACUUGAAUGACCUCCCUGAGUACACGGAUGACUCCCGGACCCUGGACAAGUUGAUCGACGGGGCCAACAUCACCACGGAGGAUGAGCACAUGUGGCUGAUCCCCUUCUCGCCGGGGCUGGACCACGUGGUCACGAUCCGCUUCGACAGAGCUGAAAGCAUCGCGGGCCUGCGCUUCUGGAACUACAAUAAAUCCCCUGAGGACACCUAUCGAGGGGCCAAGGUCGUCCACGUCUCCCUGGACGGCCUGUGCGUCUCCCCUCCAGAGGGCUUUCUCAUCCGGAAGGGGCCGGGCAACUGCCACUUUGAUUUCGCUCAGGAAAUCCUCUUUGUGGACCACCUGCAGGCUCGAGUGCCGCCCCGGCCGGCCCAGAGGCUCAACACAAAAAGCCUGGAGCGGGCGAGCAUGGACUACGAGGCACCGGUGAUGCCCUGUGGCUUCAUUUUUCAGUUUCGGCUCCUGACCAGCUGGGGCGACCCCUAUUACAUCGGUCUCACCGGCCUGGAGCUGUACGACGAGCGGGGAGAGAGAAUCCCUCUGUCGGAAAACAACAUCGCCGCCUUCCCCGACAGCGUGAACGCCUUGGAGGGCGUGUGCGGGGACGUCCGGACCCCUGACAAGCUCAUCGACCAAGUGAAUGACACCAGUGACGGCAGGCACAUGUGGCUGGCUCCCAUCCUGCCUGGCCUGGUGAACCGGGUCUAUGUGAUUUUCGAUCUGCCUACCACCGUGUCGAUGAUCAAACUGUGGAACUACGCGAAAACACCCCAACGAGGGGUGAAGGAGUUUGGCCUCCUGGUGGACGACCUGCUCGUGUAUAACGGGGUCCUGGCCAUGGUGGGCCACCUGGUUGGGGGCAUCCUGCCCACGUGUGAGCCCACGGUGCCCUACCACACCAUCCUCUUCACGGAGGACCUGGACGUCAGCCACCAGGAGAAGCACGCAGCCCUCAGCAGUCAGGUGGAAGACCAGGACGUCCAGAUGAUGAAUGAGAACCAAAUCAUUGCCAACUCGAAAAGGAAGCAGAAUGCCGUCGACCCAGCCUUACGCCCCAAAACCUGCAUAAGUGAGGACACAGCAAGACGAUGGCGGUGCUGACCGGCAAAGGAGGGAGAGCUGGUCCUCAGCCAGCCUGGGGCUCCUUCAAUGGCCCCUUCAGCACCCACGUCCCCCCUCAGUCCUCAGGGUCUGCCAGCCAGGACCCAGGGGCCAGAAGAGAGCUGUGGUGUGGAGGGGAGCCUCCUGGGGGGAAGGGACUUGAAGGGUGGAUGGCCCUGGGAAAGACAGGAGCUGUAGGUGGGAGGAGUGCGGUGGCCCUCUGUUCUGCCCUGCAGGGAGCCCCAGGUCACCUGGCCUGCUGCCUCUCCAGCAAAACAGCGCUGGCAUCCACUCAGCCCUGCGCCCUGGGAUCCCAGAGCCAGGUCUGACUCGGUCCGAGAUGGGGGGGUGGUCUGUGGAGGCCCUCCAUCCAGCCCGGAGCAUGGCUGAGCAGGGCACGGGGACCAGGCCUCAAACACCAGCACUCGAGGGGUGCGCCCGGGCUGGGGUGCCAACAACUCCCUAUCCCCCACACACAUCCCUAUCUCCUUUGGAGGCUAGCAGAGCUGCCUGAGAGGGAGGGACUUUUCCUCGGAUCCCCAAAUGUCUAGCCAGAACUGCUACAACACCCUCACUCAUCCCCAGUCCCACCGAGGACCAGUUGAAAAGGACAGAUCCCCUCAGAGGAACCGGUUCUGCAGGGAUCUCUGCCCUCUUAUUGAGGCUGAGGAGGGAUUGGCCGAGGGCAUGGGCCCUGCAGAGGGCAGAAAGGGGGUGCACCUGCCCCUCCAGAGCUGGGCCCACCCCGGCAUGCCGGGCACUCGUCCCUGCUGCCAGACCCAGGUAGGACCGGCAGGAGGGCGGCUUCGGCCCCCAGAGGGCCAGUGGGGCCCAUCUAGAGGCCCUGUGGCCGAAAGGCAGGGAGGCCAAGGACCCGUGCCGCAGCCCUGCUCUCAGUCCCCAGAGCCUGCGCCCCUUCCUCUGGAACUCUGGACAGAGGCGGCCCUCACUGCAUGCCCGGCCGUGUGCCUGGAGCCUGGAGGGGGCCUUCUCUUGCUGCUCUCUCCCUUCCUGUCCCCGUCUGUGCCCUUGGAGUCAGGCACCGAGGAUCUCGCAGCCCAGGCCCCCCUCUCCUCCCUCUUCCAGCAGCUUCCCAGCAAGCUGGAAAUGUGCCUUGCACCCCCAGCCGAGUGCAGCCCAGAACACAUCUAUUUCCAUCUAUGUAACAAGCUCGGAUCAGGGACCUAAUUGGUUUCCCAGUGGUGGGUAAUUUCUCGUUCUCAAUAUUAAUCCGUUGUUUUCCUGGCGCCCAGCCCAGCCGCGUUACUGUACUCCAAGUACGUUCCUAUGCAACCGAGGGCCCAGCAAAUACUUUAUGAGCUUUGCAGCUUCCCCGGGCAGCUAUGCAAAUGCGCUUCUCAUUUGGAGCGGGGUCGAUGUGAAGAUAAGGAAUUGUUUCUCUCUAAGAAGAUCUAUCGUUUCUGUAGCCUCAGAGCCCCCAGCUUCCUGCUCCUCCCAGAUGUGGCGGGGCCUCCACGCCCGGGAGAGCUGACGCCAGGGCACGUGGGGGGCUGAUUGAGCCAGCUCUCAGGGACCAAAACUGGAGCCAUGGCUGGAAAGGGAGCCCAGCUGUCCAUCCCCCCAGACACGGGCACAGGUCGGACUGGCGGAGAGCGCUGCACAAGCACCGUGCACGCUCGCUCCCGGAGUCUCAGCUGAUGUUUAUAACAAGUGUGUGGACCACGAAAUUUGAAGGAAAGAAAGGCUGUACAGGCAUUAAAUCUAAAACAAAUUUCUAUUUUUUUCUCUUGCAAAAUCAAUAAAAGAUAUUGUUAAGGGUA